UGUUAGUUCCCUCUCUUCACCGGGAACCAGAGGAGCUACGUCGUCUUCGUCUUCUUCGUCUUCGUUUUCUUCAGUGUUCAAUGAAAUGUUCAUCUUGCAAACCCACUCUUCCUUCACUCUUAAACCGCGGAUAGACCAGUCCCCUCCGCCCUUCACCUUCUUCUCAUCUCAGCUCCAUCCUACCCUCAUCGCCCAUCCUCCAAAAUCCAACCGCUUCCUCCUCCGCUGCUCCGCCGUCGAUUCCGACGCCCUCCCCAAAUCCGCUAUCCAAAGAAUUGCCGACAAGCUUCGAAGCCUCGGCUUCACUGAACAACCGCCCGAACCAGUAUCGGACCCUAAUGCACCCUCUACGCCUGGAGAAAUCUUCGUUCCGUUGCCCAAUCAACUGCCCAAGUACCGGGUUGGGCACACCAUUGAUUCCAGCUGGAGCACGCCUGAGAAUCCGGUUCCGGAACCGGGAACGGGGACUGCGAUUAAGAGGUUUCAUAUAAUGAGAAAUGAGUUGGAGAAGCGGAAGAAGGAGGAUGGGGUGAAGCAGAGGAAGAGGGAGGAGAGAGCGCCGACUUUGGCGGAGCUGAGCUUGCCUGAGGAGGAGUUGAGGAGGCUUCAGGGGAUUGGGAUUAGGUUGAAGCGGAAGCUUAAGAUUGGGAAGGCUGGGGUUACGGAGGGGAUUGUUAACACUAUACACGAGCAAUGGAGGCGGUCGGAGGUUGUGAAGAUAGUGUGUGAAGAUCUGUGUAGGUUGAACAUGAAGCGGACACAUGAUUUAUUGGAGAGAAAAACUGGAGGAAUUGUUGUAUGGAGAUCUGGAAGUAAAAUUAUAUUAUAUCGAGGGCCCAAUUAUGUAUAUCCUUACUUCUCUGAUGAAAUUGUGAAACAUGAUGCAUCACAAGGUGCUUUACUGGAUUCACAUAGUGAUGAUGAUGGAGGAAAUAGUAAACCAGAGAGCACUUUAUCUAGCAUCAAUGAUGAAAAGUCUGCUGGACCAACUUCAUCUGAUAAAAUGGCCGGUGGGACUCUCAUUCAAGGUGUUGGUGCUCCAAACAAAGUGAGAUUUGAACUGCCAGGUGAGGCAGAACUUGCAGAAGAUGCUGAGAGUUUGUUAGAAGGGCUAGGUCCACGUUUUUCGGAUUGGUGGGGAUAUGACCCUCUACCUGUUGAUGCGGAUCUUCUUCCUGCUGUUGUUCCGGGAUACCGUAAGCCAUUCCGUCUUCUCCCAUAUGGAGUGAAGCCUAAGCUAACCAAUGAUGAAAUGACCUCACUGAGGAGACUUUCUAGGCCUUUGCCAUGCCAUUUUGCAUUGGGUCGUAAUAGGAACCUUCAAGGGCUUGCUGCUUCCAUUAUCAAGCUGUGGGAAAAAUGUGAGAUAGCCAAGAUUGCAGUGAAAAGAGGCGUACAGAACACAAACAGUGUGUUGAUGGCUGAAGAGUUACAGCUGCUAACUGGAGGAACUUUGCUUUCCCGAGACAGGGAAUUCAUCGUCUUCUAUAGAGGAAAGGAUUUCCUGCCAUUUGCUGUUUCUUCUGCAAUCGAACAGCAACGGUACAUUCGAUUACAAAAAAUGAAACAGAUGGAUAAUGCACUAUCUACAACGGUGCAGGAGAAGAAACUUGAGAUAAAUGAACGUGGUCCCACAAAUGGAAGUCAGAGCAUCACGGAGUGGAAAAGGGUUGUCUCAGAACAGAGAAAGCUGAUAUCAUCUGAGACAUCUAUGAGAAAAACUACCAUCAAGUUGUCCAUUGCAUUGGAAAAAAAAGCAAAAGCAGAGGAACUUUUAGCGAAGCUGGAGGAAGAAGAGAUGCUCCGACAACCGGAAAUAGAUAAAGAGGGAAUAACUGUGGAGGAAAGGUAUAUGCUGAAGAAGGUUGGCUUGAGAAUGAAGCCUUUUCUACUACUUGGUAGAAGGGGCGUUUUUGAUGGAACAGUUGAAAAUAUGCAUCUUCACUGGAAGUAUAGGGAACUUGUGAAAAUAAUUACUAAUGAGAGAAGUUCUAAAACUGUUCAUGAUAUUGCACGGACCUUAGAGGCAGAAAGUGGUGGAAUUUUAGUUGCAGUUGAGAGAGUGAACAGGAGUUAUGCUAUCAUUAUAUACCGUGGGAAGAAUUACAAACGGCCCUCACGUUUAAGGCCUGAGACACUCUUGAAUAAAAAAGAGGCAUUGAAGCGAUCUAUAGAGGAACAACGUCGAAAGUCAUUGAAGCUUCAUGUUUUAAAGCUUACACAAAACGUUAAAGAAUUGAAACUUCAAUUGGACAAAGACAAGAAAGCAAUUGGUAUGGAGUCGAUAAAGAAAUCAACGUUUCAGCAGGCCAUGGUCAAAGGGGGUAAUGCAGCUCAUACGAGUGGAACUGUCUGUUUGGAAACUUCAAUAAACAGUCUACAAGCCACUCAAAGGGAUAGUGAUAUCUUUUUAACAUCUGAUGGUGAUCAGACUAAUGCCGAACUGAAAUCUACAUCUGAAUCGGUUAGGCAAGGAAACCUCACAAAAGUGUCCGUGGCUGAGAAUGCUGCAUUUGGAAGUAUUGAACCUCUAUCAGUCGCUAAUUGUUUGUCAGGAGAGAAUAAUUCUGGAACUUCAGAUGCCGUGCAUCUUAUUGCUUUGAAUAAGAAGAUGAAGCCAUCUGUUAGAUUGGAAGAGGAAACACUAGCAAUGAGGAUGAACCAACCAGGUCAGGUUCCUGCCAGAGCGCCUCAACUCUCCAACAAAGAGAGGCUUCUUCUACGAAGGCAAGCGCUCAAGAUGAAAAAACGUCCCGUGCUUGCUGUAGGCAAGAGCAACAUAAUUACAGGAGUUGCAAAAGCAAUCAAGCAACAUUUUAAAAAACACUCUCUUGCUAUAGUCAAUGUGAAAGGCAGAGCCAAAGGAACAUCAGUCCAGGAGAUUGUUUUUAAGCUUGAGCAUGCAACUGGUGCAGUUCUAGUCUCUCAGGAGCCCAGCAAAGUUAUUCUUUACAGGGGUUGGGAGGAAGAAGAUAAAUCCCAAGAUAGAAAACAAAGCAAGGGUGAAACUCAACUCUCUAUGUCUCCUGAACUCUUGGCAGCUAUAAGGGUUGAAUGUGGAUUGCGGUGAACUGAAAGAAAGGUCAGCUCCUCGUGAAAUUCUAGCUUGUCUCUCAGAGCUGUUACUUGAAGAGUUUCUGAAUGAUGAAACCUCCAGUAAUCAACUGGCAUUCUUUGGCUCGAUAUUCGUGGUGGCAGACGUUCGUAACUGGUCUCUUUUGCUACUUGUCAAUGUAGCAGGUAAGAUUUAAGAAUGAAUCUUGAUGCAUAUGUAGAUUGAUAACUGAUCUUCAAUGGCAUUAAUUAUUCAAUUCUUUCUAA